UGCAGGGGACCAGCGCGAAUGUGUUUAUAUCGUAAAGCUCGCGUAAACUCUAACUCUACGAUGAAAGCAAAACGAUUUAACAUUAAAAUAAGUGAACAUGUAGCUGCGGUUAGUGAAUGUUAAUACUUUGGCAUUAAAGUUAAAGGCUUUCUGGCCUUUCGAUGCCCCAGUGAAGAUGAAUUCCUGCCGUAAACAAGUCAAGUGUGACUGCGAGGAGCUGCUGCAUCGCUUCCAACAAUCGGAGUCAGUCCGCUUUGAGGUUUUCUCCAAAAUCUGGAGAGAAAUGAAAUUUGAGCAGAUAUUCUAUGGUGCUGUGGGUCGUGAGAAGCGAGCCUUCAGUCGUCUGGUGUUGGACGCGGCCUACAUCUACUUUUUGCCACCUUUCAGCUUCCAGAUCCGAGUGGGAGGACUUUACCUGCUGUACAGUCUCUUCCAAUGCCAGACGGCCUCGCCGUGUGUUGGGAUCCGUAUUGCGCUGAAGGACUGGGUGGACAUUCAGACCUUUGAGAAGGACGCCUUAGGAGCUCAGCAUUUCGAUACCGUUUUCAUCUUUCAUCAGCUCAUGUUCCAAAAAGCUUUCUACUUCACCGCCAUGCCCACCUUGCUGACCUUUAACAAGAACAAAGUGGAGGAAGCAAAGUCGCAGCUGUAUAAGAAGUUUGUGGCGCGAGCGUGCGGCCCGCAAGAGCUCAUCAACAACGAGCUCCUGGAGGAGCUGUCCAAUGUUCAUGAGCUUUACAGGAAGCACAAGACAUCCAUGUACUCUGAAGCACAGCAGGCCGAUUUAGGGAUCGACUUGAUCCGUAAAAAUCUCAUCCCGCAGCUCAGAGGAUCUGUCAUGACCUUCCACACGUGGCAGAAGAGGAAGCAACAGGAUGAGAGUGAUGAAGAGGAGGUCGCCACAGAGGGAACAUCUUCACAGGCAGAGUGUGCCAGAAGAGCUGACCUUCUGUCCUCCAUCAAGUCUAAAGCGUAUGGAGAAGCUGCCGAGGCGUUCAAGUCUCGACGUCAUCGCCAAGUGGACGUGGACACCAGCAUCAAGGCUGGCCCUGCCCCCCUGAAAGGUCACACCAGGACAAGCAAGCCGUCACUCAAAGCCAGAACCAAUGAGAACAUUCACAUCUCAGGUGACGUGUGGAAAGAAGCGACCACGAUGACUCGCAUCAACCGUCUCACCGCGCUGGACCAUGUCCCUGAAGAAAAAAACCCACAGUGAGGACGUGGGGAUGAAGACGACGUUUUGAAAGCGCACCAGUCAUACAGUCACAUACUGAAUUCUCUUGAUUUUUCUUUUACCUUAUUUGGGCAUUAAUAAUUCAUGUAAUUAUGAAUGUUAACUGCAGACCUGCCAACAUGUAUGCAUUUUUUGUACUUGGCAUACAUAUUGAACCUUGAAUACGCUUCACUGCUGUCCCGAUACAGAUUUUAUCCACCCCUCCCACUGCGAGCCCUGUGUUUCACUAAUUGGGAGAUGGCGUCACACUUUAAUUUAAAACCUACGAGGUUCCCGAGCGGACAUGGAGGAAAAAAAUUAGAAAAAAGAGCAUUCCCUGAUAAUAUUAUCCAUCUCUAAGCGAGAGAUUUUCAGAUGAGGCAAUUCGCUGGAUUUGCUCACUUUUUGAGGCGAGCACCAGGAAUAAAAUGUAAUAUGAAAUAUUACUAAUCAGGCCAAUAUUGGCAGAUGUAAAUGUCACAGGAGUCCUUGCGUGUGUACGCAGCCCGUUAGUCUUUUUAUAUUAUAAUAUUUGCUGGAGGAAUAAACACUACAAUAAAUCAAUCAACUGCAAUAAAACGCUUAUUUUAUUAUAACAAGGAAAAAUUAAAAAGGUCAUCUUGUAUGAAAUGCAUUGGCUGGGAUCGCUUCACUUUUCAGCGGAAGUAGAAUAAUACAGUAUGACGUCAAACGUCCCCUUUCAUGCGAACGCACACUUAGCGCAAAGCUGAAAACCAGACUUGACAAAGAAAGUUGAUAACCACCGUCGAAGUACCGUUCAAUUCUCUUUGAGGAAUUUAGGUUUUGCUGAGUCGCAUUUUGAGCACAAAGCCUGGGAUGGUUGAGCCACUUUCUCCGAAUACCUCUUUAUAAUAACACAAAGCUUUGUUUUAAAAUAUAUAUCACAUUUUUUUAGCCUUUUAACAAAAAAAAAAUCAAAGUGGGGGAUACUCACGUUCAAUACUCAAGUUCAAGGUUGGCCGGUCUGUCAGUGUGGGUCUUGUCAGAAAAUUCACCUUUACCUUUUGUUAAAGGUAGCAUUUUAAUGUUUCAGCAUCAGCA